AUGGUAUUGGAUAAAGAGAGUCGCAAUGGGAUUGGUAUCUCUAAUCUUCCUAAUCAGAGGCACAAAAUUGUUGCAAGACGAGGAGCAACAUUUACAUUGAUGCUUGCAGGGGAAUCAGGGCUUGGAAAGACUACGUGGAUUAAUACGCUUUUUAGUACGACAAUUAAAGGAUAUUCUAAUAAUAAAAAACGGUUUCGGAAACAAACAGAUCAAACAGUUGAAAUUGAGAUCACAAAAGCAGAAAUUGAGGAGAGAUUUUUUAGAGUAAAUCUGACUAUUGUUGAUACACCGGGAUUUGGAGAUUAUGUAAAUAAUAACGAGGCAUGGCAGCCAAUUAUAGAAUUUAUUGAUGAUCAACACGAAUCAUAUAUGCGUCAAGAACAACAACCAAGAAGAUCGGAAAAAAUUGAUCUUCGGGUACACGCAUGUCUUUAUUUUAUCCGACCUACAGGUCAUACAUUAAAACCGCUUGAUGUUGAAGCAAUGAAACGGCUAGGAACACGUGUGAAUCUUAUUCCGGUGAUUGCAAAGGCAGAUUCUCUGACACAAACUGAUUUAGCUAAAUUUAAACGACGUAUUCGAGAUGUUAUAGCAGCACAAGAAAUCAAUAUAUUUACUCCAAUAGUUGAGGAAGAUGAUCCAGCAGCAGCAGAACAUGCCAGAAAUUUAAUUGCAGCCAUGCCUUUUGCAUUAAUUGGAAGUGACAGAGACGUACAAACUCCAGAUGGUCGAGUCGUUAAAGGAAGACAAUAUAGUUGGGGUGUAGCAGAAGUUGAAAAUGACGAGCAUUGUGAUUUUAAAAAAUUGCGUUCUCUUCUUAUUCGUACACAUAUGUUAGAUCUUAUUCAAACAACGGAAGAAGUUCAUUAUGAAGCAUAUCGUGCACAGCAAAUGGAGAUUCGUAAAUUUGGAGAAGCAAAAACUCGUAAGCUUGAUAAUCCAAAAUUUAGAGAAGAAGAGGAAGCUUUGCGUAAAAGAUUUACAGAACAGGUCAAAAUAGAAGAAGCUCGAUUUAGGCAAUGGGAACAAAGGCUUAUUUCAGAAAGAGACCGCCUUAAUAAAGAUCUUGAAACUGCUCAUACUAGUAUUAAACAACUCGAAGCUGAAUUAGAACAUAUGCAAACUAUUCAAAACAAUAGUGGGCGUCGUCGAUAA